AGAAAAGAAUGAUCAAGAUGCUGAAGAGGAGGCUGCAGGCUACAGCUUUAUCAGCCCACUGCUGACACCGGGCCCGGAUGACGUCUUCCUUGACGACGAAGACGACGGUGACGAUACGGUGCGGCGCACCUCUCAACCAAGCCCUUACAGAUGAGACUCGCCGCUGGACAGUCUUCGCCCCCAUCCGUCACCAUGACGACGAUCUGUCGGACACAUCCAGCCGUCGAGUGUCGGCCUUUCCUCGCCUGGGUUCACGCACGCGCUCUACCAGCGAGGAGGACGAUUUGAAUGUGCGAGGCAGUCGCCCGGGCAAUGGCUUGACAAAGAAAUUCUCAGACAUCUUCGGGAAGAAGUCGAGCGAAGUGCCACCGGGCGGGGUGGAGACCAGACCCAUGCGACCGACGUCACUGGCACUGAAUCCUCUUCGUGGAAAGGAGUCCUUCUCCAGCUACGACGAGUCACGUGUCCAGUCCUCACAAACGCGCAAAGACCCCUACAUGAAGAAGAAGAAGAGCCGUGCUUCCUCCAUGCUCAUGUCGGUGAUGAAGAAGGGUUCGGCUCGUCCCACCUAUGGGAAGAGUCGUGUCCGAAAGUAACAUGGAAGAGUGGAGGCCAUCCCCUGUCCACCUUGCUCCUCCUGUCCUCGCCGACAUCAGGGGAAGAUCGCCCAGCGCCAUCACUCAGAUCAAGCGGUCGUUGUCCGUGGAGGGCAGUCUGUCCCGACUGUCGGUGCUCAACCAGCUGUCGCCUAUGGACGCUGACCCGUUGUCCAAGAUGCUGAUUCUGGAGUCGAAGGAAAGACAUUCCUCUACCUCAUCGGAACCCAGAAGGACGCUGAGUAUUCUGGACAGGAGUCCUUCUAUAAACGGUUUUCCUUCCAUGUCGUCUUGUAGCGA